GAUUCAAUUCGUGAGUGCUGUUUCUUCGUGUGAAGAUGCCGGACCCAGCGAAAUCUGCUCCUGCUCCCAAGAAGGGCUCCAAGAAAGCUGUUACGAAAGUGCAGAAGAAAGAUGGGAAGAAGCGCAAGCGCAGCCGGAAGGAGAGCUAUUCUGUCUACGUGUAUAAGGUACUGAAACAAGUUCACCCGGACACCGGCAUCUCCUCCAAGGCUAUGGGCAUCAUGAACUCCUUCGUCAACGACAUCUUCGAGCGCAUCGCCGGCGAAGCGUCCCGCCUGGCGCAUUACAACAAGCGCUCGACCAUCACGUCCCGGGAGAUCCAGACGGCCGUGCGCCUGCUGCUGCCCGGCGAGCUGGCCAAGCACGCCGUGUCCGAGGGCACCAAGGCCGUCACCAAGUACACCAGCUCGAAGUAAAAGUGCGCCAGAAACGUGCUGAAACAGCUCCUUUACCCCAAAGGCUCUUUUCAGAGCCACUUCAUUUAUUGCCGAAGCGGCUGUAAACACUUGUUGCGAGGUUGGUAAGCUU